AAAUUAUUUUGGGUUUAAAAUAAACUGCAAGAUUAUGUUCUUUUUCUUUCAUCUUCAUUUUCCAUUUCUAUGGUUGAAAUUAACUUGAAAGGAUUAUUUUAAUAUGUGUGAUGCCCAGUACUUUAAGAUGCCUCCUUACAGUCCUGGAAGAUACAUGUGCUGGGUCACUCAAGGUACGCCAAGAGAGAUUGUAUGACAGAUCAUGAUUCAUGGAUGACAACAGGCCAAGGGAGAAACCUAAUGCUCUCUUCUUAUAAGAAGAAAGCCUCAACCAAUCUUGGGAAAGCAGAGGUAUUGGAGCCAUCAGAGGAGUCAUUGAUCCUUUGAAUCUGGAAAGUUGAACUGGCUUUCAUUUGGAGAAGAAGCAGAUGAGGAGGAGAAGGAAUUGGCUAAUGUCAAGACCCGGAUUAAGAGCAGUCAUGAUGUAUUAGAUGAUGCAUGUCUUCUGAAAGAGGAGAAUCAUACUGAUGAUGUGAGAGCAACUGGAGAGGAUCUAGAUGGUAAAACUUUCCUGCAUCAUCAUUUCAUGACGGUGCUAUAAAUUCCUCCAUCAUGAGAUUUUGGCAGCCAUCCAAUAUCUUUGCUUCGGAACAUUUCUGCAGUGGAAGCAAUUUUCAGUUGUCAAUGAUAGUGCAGGAACCGAGUUAUGUCUCCCGACAUAUUGUUGAUAAGCUAGGCAUUCAAACACAUAGGCCAGCUUUCAUAUCUGUUAGAUUUUGCAAGAGUUUUUCUUCACCUACAUGCUGUCAGUUUUGGAGGGACAAACUUUAUGAAUGUUGAAUCACAUGCGCUUGUUGAGGGGAACAACGAAUAUGAUUUAUUUUCUCCUGAUCAGUAAUAAAUAAAUUGCUUGGACAUACACUUAAAUGAAGUUGCUAAUGCAGAUAGCAUCUGAAGUUAAAGCUACAAGGGAUAAGCAGUUGACAGUCAGAGAGGAUCUGCGUUCAAAAAGGGAAGAAUCACAGGGACAAUCAGAUGCCAAGUUGCCUGAAGCUUCUGAUUUUAGUGGAUGAAGAUGAGGCAAACUUUGAUGCAAGGAUGCGUCAGCGGAUACUGCAAAAAAAGAAAGGAGCUUGUUUUUCUGCAGAGAGUUAAAAUGAACCUAUAGCUUACAAAUCUUUUUUAUUCAUGCCAAUUAACAUAGUCAACUUCUAUCUGUUCUAGCCAAAUUUAGUGUUAUAAUGCUUAGUAUUUGAUACUUUGGACUUAAUUGGAUUUGCAAAUUUUAGAGAGUGGCAAUUUACAACUAUAUAUAUAUAAUAUUUUUUGGCCUGAUAGAAAGUGUUUUAUUAUUAUUCUCCAGAAAUGCUUUGAUGUCAUCAUGAAAUUACUAUACACCUGCAACUAAGCUGCUUUUGUAUGCUUUUUUAUGACAUUCUUCAGUAUGUUUUACAUGAUUAUGGAUCGUGGCUCAAGCAGUUAUCCUUCCUACUGCCCAGUGAAAGCAGUCCGACAGAACAAGAAUUUUUUCGAUGCUGACCUACAGUUGAUGAACAAUGCUGAACGUGAAAGACAACUACAGAAGCAAAAGAAGCGCAGACGCCAAGGACGCGAGGAUGAAGUGCUGAAGAGACUGGAAAAAUUCAAGGCAGCAUUUUCUUCCAUAUCCAAUGGAUUGAAAGAUGAAGAUACAGGUGGUAAGGACGGUGUGCCAGAUUGGAUGGGGUUCAGCUUAAGUUUGCUCCCGACCCUGUCAAGGAUUUUGAGAUAUGAAAAUAUCUUUGAGAGAUGUAUGAUGAAAUCGUGCUUUUGAAGACAAGCACUUCUUGGGAUAUAUAAAACAUCUUGUCAUUGGAGUGAACUAUAUUAAAUGAUAAAGUUUGUAGAAUUUGACUAAAACAUUGUAUGAUACUUUAUUCUAGUGUAUUGUGGAAUUUUAAUUUUGUUAUGAUAUUCACUUUUAGCAUAUUUGAGCAA